CCCCCACUCCACAACUUGGCUACUUGCCCUAUAAAUAGUCUCAUAUUCCUAGGCCUUUCUCGACUCCAUCACCUCAUUUAUAUCUUCUAAAUCUCUCUUACUCGAUCAGAAAAUGGCUUCCGGCUACGAAGUAGAGGUCACAAUUUCUUCCGCCAAAGACCUCAAAAACGUGAAUUGGCGCCACGGAGAGCUGAAGCCCUACGCUGUUGUUUGGGUGGAUCCAAACAAUAAAUGCUCCACCCACGUGGACGAAUACGGCGACGACUCACCCACGUGGGAUGAGACGCUCUCGAUCCCGUUACGGGGUCCCGUCGAGGACUCGACCCUUUUCGUGGACAUCAUCCACGUCAAGGGGGGUGAGGACGUCAAGCCGUUGAUCGGAUCCGCAAAACUCCCGCUUAGGGAGGUCCUCGAUGACGUGGGGCUUGAGGCACCGUCCGUUCACAAGUUGAAGCUCAAGCGCCCCUCGGGUAGGCCCCACGGGAAGUUGGAAGUCAAAGUCACAGUUCGCCCGCCCCGUUACCAAGCACCUGACCCGUAUCACGCCCCCGCGCCCUACGGGUACGGGAUCCCACCGCCGCAGUCGAGAGACUACGGCGCACCGCAGCAGUAUAAUUACCAAUACGCCCCUCCUGCCCAACCCCAAUAUUACCAAAGCAGCAGCGUCCCACAAGCAGGGUACGGUUACAAUCAGCCAUCUUACGAUCAGAGUCAGUAUGGGAGUGGCGGGUCGUACGGGUACGGGUCGUCGGAGAAGCCGAAGGAGAAGAGCAAGUUUGGGGUCGGGACCGGAUUGGCUGUGGGAGCCGUAGCCGGAGUGUUGGGCGGACUUGCGAUUGCUGAAGGAGUGGAUUACGUGGAGGACAAGAUUGCUGAUGAUGCAGCGGAGAAAGUGGAGGAGGAUCUUGGCUAUGAUGAUUUUGGCGAUGAUGACUGAAAUUGUUAUUCAUCAUAUGGUUCUGAGUUGUGCUCUACCUCUAUUUGUAUUGGUUAUGUUUUUGCUACUACUUCGGCUUCUGUUUUUUACUUUUCCUGCCGGUGAUAUUGUGAUAUUGGAAUGACGGACAUGCAAUAACAGCUUGCAAUUAUAAUGGUUUUAGAGAA